GUAAAUUAUUUGGCCGUCAUUUUGAAGACGUGCGUGUUUUUUAUGGUUAUUAUUUUAUUAUAAGGCUCUUUUUCGAAACUGUUGGAUAUCUGAACGGAUAUAAUGUUGGGAUCUUUUUUAAUAUUAAUGUUGGGGUUGGCCGAGCCCCUCCAGGCAAAACCGCUACAGGACGCACUGGAUUCCUCGAACUCUCCUAUGGGAAUGUUACCAGGUGGAUUAUCGGGCACCACUACUGCGAUGCAAUUUCCAAUUUACGCCAAAUCAUACACAACAGGAGAUAUGGAUGUGCCAGAGCAUGCAAACCACGAGGAAACCCCAAAGAGGGUAACACGGGGUGCAAAAGAUGGACGAUCCAGACAACGGGAGAGACAGGAGCUCCACAACCUCAGGGACCCAAGACCUCAUGACCCAGACGGCUUUUUCACAACCCCAAGCAAUGUACAUUUCCCAAACAAAACACACAGAGAAGUCAGGAAUGACACAAAUUCGAUUCGUAUCCACAACCCUCUCUACCCAGUGACUGACAGCUCCUAUGGCGCCUAUGCCGUGAUGCUCCUGUCGCUCAUGGUGUUCGCCGUGGGCAUCAUUGGUAACCUGGCAGUGAUGUGCAUCGUGUGGCACAACUAUUACAUGAAAACUGCGUGGAAUUGCAUCCUGGCCAGCCUGGCCUUCUGGGAUUUCCUCGUGCUCUUUUUCUGUCUGCCAAUAGUUAUCUUUAAUGAGCUGACCAAGAGGAGGCUGAUGGGAGACCUCUCCUGUAGAAUUGUGCCUUACAUGGAGGUGACGUCCCUGGGGGUGGCCACCUUCAGCCUGUGUGCGCUGAGCAUCGACCGCUUCCACGUGGCCACCAGCCCGCAGCCCAGACUGUGCCAGUGCUCAACAUCACCACUCGAAAUCCAACAGCCAGCUGAUCCACUCGCUGCAGAGCAGAGGCAGGGCGGUUAA